AUGGAGAUUUAAAAAAUUAGCAAUUAAUUGAUCUUUUAGUGCGAAGUGAUUCGUAAACAUUUGCUAAUUGAUAAACGUUAUUAGCUAUAGUUAUUUGAAAAUAAGAUCAUUAUCAGAGAGAAUGUAUAGUAUAUAAAAUUGAUAAUCUCAUAGUCAGAGCACCCAGCUAAGUAUGAAAUUGAUCUGAAUCUAAAAAAUCAAUUAGAUUGGAAACAUAGUGAUGAUCAUAAAAUAAAAGAGUUUGGGAUAAAGUAUUUUAAUAAAAUAAAGUGGUUUACUGGUCAAUCUGUUCAAAUGCUCUAAAUGAAAACAUAUAUAUAAACCAAGAUUUUUAUGUCUGGAAUAUCAGGGUUUUACUCUUCCCAUGAUAUAAUAGGUUCAGGUGCAUCUUGCAAGGUAAUUCUAAUAAAGGAUUAUAUUGCAAAUAAGUCUUAUGCUGCUAAAUGCAUUAGCAAAGAUUAUGUAAAGAAAAAAAGAACUUCAGACAGAUUCGAUAGGUUAGUAAAUGAAAUUCAAAUUCUAAGAACAUUGAAGUCUCAUCCUAAUAUAAUUAAGCUAAAUGAGAUUUUUGAAGGGGAAAAUAGUUAUUAUUUAGUGUUUGAUUAUUUAGAAGGUGAAAACCUUCAUAAAUUUAUCAAAAACUAAUUAUAUUAAAUACCUGAAAAUAAUGUUCGGACAAUUUUACAAGUAUUGUUGUCUUAUUAAAUUUAGUAAAUAUUGUUAGGCAUUCGAAAAUGCCAUCAACAAAAUAUUAUUCAUAGAGAUAUGAAAUUAGAAAAUGUUAUGCUUUCUAAAGCUAAUUCUAUUGAUAAUAUUAAAAUCAUUGAUUUUGGUUUAGCUAUAUUUAAUACUCCUGAUUAUCCAUUUGCUGUGUGUGGUACACCUGGAUAUAUUGCACCUGAAAUAUUAAAUUAUGAAGUAAAUAAAUUUAAAACUGACAGAUUCAUUUAUACUCCUCAAAUCGAUAUGUUUGGUAUUGGUGUCAUGCUCUAUAGAAUGUAAAAUUAAUAAAAUUAUUUAGAAUGACUAAAUAGCCUCUAUUUUCUGCUGAAAAAACUAAAGAAUUAAUUAAUAAAAACUAGAAAUGUUUUUAUGUCAAACAUACCAUUUCUUAAUAUAGCAAUAUUUUAAAUCAAAUUUUACAUGGAUUAUUAGAAUUCAAUCCUAAAAAGAGACUCACAGCAGAAUAAGCCUUGGAAUUACUUUAAACAUAAUAGUUUAAUUAAAUUACAUUGAGGAAUGAGUCUACCAGAAACAUAACUAUUAAUGAUGAAUUCUAAAUUCCUGUUUACGAUGAUAUUAUAUAGACUCCAUAUCUAUUUCCUAAUCGUAAAAUUAAAAAGGAGUUGUACUUCCCACAUUCAUAUCAUUUGAAUGAAGAUAGAAUUAAUUUAAACGGAAAAUCUUACUUACCAUCCUUCAGCAUUAAACCUAGCUUGGAAUAUGGAAAAAAUAGUUUAAUUGAUAAAUCUCUUAAAGUUCCUAAAGAUUUCAUUAUUGAAUAAUGA